AGUAAUAAUCUCAAAAAAACCACUUCAAAACCCCUCCAACACAUCUAAACCAAACCCUCUCAACUUCUCCCCACCAUAUGUUGCGUUGAAAUGGAUAGCUUGAUUAAGCAAACAAGGAGGAGGCAUCCAUCUGCCCAGGCAAAAACAGAUGAGGUUGGUAGCCCCACUAGAGAGGAGAAAGUGCCACCAAGGAAGUCCGUUUCAUUCAAAGAAGAUAAGAAAAAACCCUCAAACUGGUUAGAGAAACAGUUCUCGAGGCAAAUGAGCGACCAGAGUUAUGACUUGAUCAUCGACAUGGACUAUGCAGCUGCAGUUGCGGCCGCUGCUUAUGCCAUAACCACUUUCGAAACAACUUGGCUUGAGAGUUAUUACCAGAGUGGCCGAGAAGACGCGUUUCCAUUAGAGGAAACAAGAAGCUUAUCAAGAAGAUUCUCAGGGCAGCUUUCAUUUAAAGAGCCAGAGGUAAAUGAUAACAAACUUCCCACGCUAAAGUCUCCAGUGAGAAAGUCAUCAUCGGUCAAAAAGACUCCUACGUUCUCUAUGUACUUGAAAGAAGAUCACACCAGAGAAAGUGAAGAUUCAGGGGAGAAACAUGAGAGACCAAGAAAACCGGUUUCUGAACCGCCAGCUCCAAUGCAGAUACAGCCACCGGUUAGGACACGGUCAGAACGCCGUGCUCCACCACCACCACCUCCUCCUCCUCCUCCUCCUCUUCUAUCACCUUCGCCUCUGCGGCUUCCACCUAGAGAAACUAAAAGGCCAAGUUCUGGUGGUACUAGUCGAGAACAUGAUUCAACAGCUGAUGCUUGGGAAAAAGCUGAGCUGGCUAAGGUCAAAGCAAGGUACGAGAAGUUAAACAGAAAGAUCGAUUUGUGGGAAGCUAAGAAGAGGGACAAAGCUAGAAGGAAGCUGGACAAAUCUGAGCAGAGCGAACAAGAACAGAGGAGAAAGAGAGGUCUGCAGAGAUUUAGGGAAGACAUGGAAUACAUUGAAAAUAUUGCUUCCGGAGCCAGAGCUCAGGCUGAGAAACAAAGGCAGGACGAAGAGUUGAAGGUUAAGGAGAGAGCAGGAGUUGUCCGAAAAACCGGUAAAAUUCCUGGAAAAGCAUGUGCCUGUUUCUGAGACUAAAACAGAGGAUCUCAGAUACUUGUUGCUGUAUAUAGUGUGGAUGUGUGUGAGAGAGAGAUUUAUACACCAUGUAAUCGAAGAAAGAUUACAUUAUUACUUGCAAAAUCUGAAAAUAUUACAUUAUUA